UGCAAUCAUGUCUGAAGGCAGUGUUUUUGAUAAGGAAGGUGGAGUUUCUUUUCUCCGCUCGUUACUCACGUUCACUCAUAUCGUCAAAUGGAAUGCUCAAAUUCGAUAAUGGCAAAGAUUUAAAGAUUUGAAAGAAUGUCAAGAGGAAACAACGUGUGGAACAUUGAUUCAACAACUUAUUUCCCGAUAGAACAACCUGAAGAAAUUCCAAAAGAAAGUCAAUCUAAAGAAGUGGUAUCUAUUGCUAAAAGAAAUGAACGUGAACGUAAGCGUGUUCGACUCGUCAAUCAAGGGUUUGCUAUUUUGAGAGACAGAGUUCCUCGCGAAAGAUGUAACAGAGGUCGUCGUUCCAGCAAAGUAGAAACUCUAAGAGCUGCUAUUAUGUAUAUAAGGCAACUCCAGCAAUUGCUAAUGGAAAACCAGAUAUGCUUACAAGAACAAUCUUAUUGCUAUGUUCAACCUGCAACCGUUUCUGGUAAUUAUCAUUUGGCUGAUGGCAUGCAUUCAACCACUUUUCAACAUUAUACUGGCAAUAUGCAUUAUUCUAAUGACUUGUAUGAAUAUCAGCCACCUCAAUCCUGGUUUACUUGACGAAUCUUUUCCAAAGAUCAUCUCUCUGAUUGACUCUCUCCGGAAUUGAUCUUUUAUUUGGAGAAUAUUUUUGUAAAUAUAGUAGUUAGACUUGUUAAAAGAAUUUAAAAAAUUUUAUAAAAUAGUCAGUAAAAAUAAAUUUGAUUAUAUUUAUACUGGGUGAGGAAAGAGUAACCAUGAAACAAAUUUCGUAUAACAAAUUUUGGUUAAGAAGAAAUAUUUAUCGUUGUUUUUGAGUAAAUAAUGACAAAAAAAUUAAUAAA